GGUCGAAGUACGUGGGCUCUGUCGUCGCAUUUUCUUUUGUCUGCAAAAACCCCGCACGACGCAGUGAGCUAGCUAAAAGUCGAUCCCCUCACACCAUAUAAACAAAUGGGAAAUGGAGCGGGCAUCCCCUGACUUUGAUCAAUGUACCGCAUUGGUUGCCCAAGAUAAGGAACUGCAGAUUCCCAUUGUUCUCCAAAGUUUGGUUGGAAAUGGACAUCAUUGUCCCGUCAUGGAUCUUGCUUGCCUGCUCUCACUCUCGAUAAUCUCGAGGCAGACAGACACAGCUUGACCUGUUCUGCCUGUACGAAUUAACCACCUUUGUCUGAACCAAAGUUGGGAUUCAUCUUAUCACUGCACAGGACAUGAGAAACACAAAUCGCGUCGCAAUACAAACAACACUGCAUUUCCGCCCGCAUCAUACCGGUACGAAGCAGGUUGUGCAGCAGACUGGCCAAUAGACUGGUGCAGCUCAGGCACCUAAGCUAUGGAGACCACCUCGGGUAAAGUAUCUUGGGUAGACGGUGCGUUGGACCGUUAGAGUCUUGGAGAGGGGCGAGGGGGGGACCUCUCCAGCUAUUAAUAUGGGGAUGGGGUAAUCUGCGUCGUAGGUAUUUAUAGGCCCCGGGCACUCCGGUUCCUUUCCGAACUUCUCAGCUUUGUUGGUUCGACCGGUGAUGCGCUCAUAGAAACAACGACUUGCGACCGUGGAUGACAAGGUACACUACUCAGGAGCAGGAUAAAAAGUCGAAAGCAAGCAGCAUGUCCAUUCCUCACAGGCCCGUCACCAAAGUCAUGGGUCCCCAUGAGGAGACCACCAAUAGGCCUGACCAAUGGAAGAUCGCCCAAGGCAUGGCCGGCGCCCUCCUGCCAGCAUUGGACAUGACCGGCCCCGAAACCAAAGAAAUUCCACCCCAGAAAUUUGGGCCCCUUACCAAAGAUGAGGAAGCCAUCAAGUCUGUUGGCGACCGAUCAAAACUGUUUGCUAGGGAGCGAAAGGGGUGGAAGGGCUUUGUCGAGUGGGAAAACUACCCCGAGAAAAAGGCAGCUGCCCACAAGAUCCUCAGCUCCCAGACCUGGCCACCCAACCCAGAGUACCAGCUUGCUGAGAUUCCGGGAACAAACCCGGUCCUCCCUGGCACCCGCUUCAAGCUUUGGCAUCACGCUCUGGGCGGCGAGCUCGAAGACGUGGUUGAUGAUUCCUGGAACUGUGUGCUCGAGGAGAAGCAUGUUGAUAUGCUCCACUUGCUGCAGUUCCCCUAUAACGGGGAGCCGCCCAAGCGCUUGACGGCAGCCAAAGACAUAACGCCCAACCCGCUGCACUUUGUACGGAACCACGGCGGUAUCCCCUCCAUCGAAAAGGAUGAUUUCAGCUUCGACGUCGACGGUCUCGUCAAGAACCCCAAGACGUUUACGCUCGACGACCUCAUGGACGAGUCCCGAUUCCCGCGCAUGGAGAAGCACGUAACCAUUCAGUGCUCGGGCACGCGUCGCAUUGAGCAGAUUGUCAAGUACCCCGGCCAGGGUGACGAAGUACCCCAGGCGCCAUGGGCAGAAGGAGCCAUCGGGACGGCCAAGUGGACGGGAGUCAGCCUCAAGGCGGUCAUCAAGGAGUGCGGUGGUAUGGUCGACGGAGCCAAGCAUGUCGAGUUCUACGGCGCCGACACCUAUGUCAAGAGCGAAAAGGCCAUGAACUAUGUGGUCAGCGUGCCGUGGUCCAAGGUCAAGGCCAACGAAGUGAUGCUGGCCUGGGCCAUGAACGACGAGCCGCUGCCCAAGAUCCACGGGUUCCCCCUGCGGACGGUGGUCUUUGGCUACAUCGGGGCGCGCAGCGUCAAGUGGCUGUACCGAAUCAAGGCCAUCAAGCAGCCGAGUCGCGCGCCGGUCCAGACGCAGGAGUAUCUCUACUUCCCGCAGCAGGUGGGCAAGCACAACUUCAACCUGACCGACGGCAUCCAGAUCCAGGAGAUGCCGGUCAGCUCUGCCAUCAUGUCCCCAUGGAUGAAGCAGGUGGUGAUCCACAACGGCAAGAUACGAUGCAACGGCUGGGCCUACUCGGGCGGUGGCCGGUGGCCCGAGCGGGUCGAGUUGUCGGCCGACGGGGGCUUCAACUGGUACACGGUGCCGCUCGAGAACCUGUCCAAGAAGCGAAAGUGGACGUGGCGGACGUGGCACAUGGAGCUUCCCUGCGACGUCGAGGGUUGGAUAGAGAUCGUCGUGCGGUGCUGGGACAACAGCUUGAACACGCAGCCGCCCGAGGUGCGCACGGCCUGGAACUGGGGCUUGCACGUCACCAGCUCGUGUCAUCGCGUGUCGGUGUACAGCAUCAACAAAACCCGGCCCAAAACCCAGGCUCGCAUGGCAGAGCUUGAGGGCAAGAACAUCCCCAUCGUACCUAUCACCGUACCACUCGAAGUCCCAGCGCAGGGUUCAGACGAGUACGAGGAGUUUUGGCGGACCCAUGAGCCCCGAGAUGCCGAAGAGUAGGUAUAUGGCGGGCAGUUUCCAACAUGUAAGCCUCGCGAGUUGUCGACAGGAUUGCAAAGGCUGAACACUGGUGGGAAAUAAGAAACAAGAAGAAAACGGAGAACAAAGCUAGGACAAAAGAAAGUAGGGGCAGUCGGUGGAGGACAGAAUUGCAAGCUUCAAUUGUUCACCUAUGCAACAUUAAGCCGAAUCCUAUUAGUUCUAGUCUAGUUCUUGUUCCUGUUGCCAAUUGGGCGUCGGUAAGGGCCAUGUUAAUAUAGGGCAUAAUCUAGGCGGCCACUCAGCAGUCAGCUGAUGCAAGCGCACCCUGAAUCGCGCUACGCCUGUGGCAGGCCUCCAUUUUGGACAUUGGAACUGAAGAUUUGCUCCGGAAAAAGUGAAUCUCCACUGAAAACUACAGUAGCACAUCGAGUAAAGUGGGUCCAAACCCCCACCAAUGCUGCGGGGUGGGGAUGACCUGGCCUGUCACCUACUUUGUACAAACGGGCAUG